UGGCAUCCCCCAUGGCGUGUCCCCUGGAGCAGGCGCUGGCCGUGAUUGUCUCCACCUUCCACAAGUACUCGGGGAAGGAGGGGGACAAGUACAAGCUCAGCAAGCAGGAGCUCAAGGAGAUGCUCAUGAAGGAGCUGCCCAGCUUCAGCGUAAGUAGACAAACCAAUGAGGCCAGCUUACAGCAGCUCAUGGGCCACCUGGACAGCAACAGUGACAACGAGGUGGAUUUCCAAGAGUACGUGACCUUCCUGGCCUGCAUGGCCAUGAUGUGCAACGACUUCUUCCAGGACUGCCCCGACAAGAUGCCGCGCAAGAAGUGAGCGGGGGGCACCAGCCCUGGGCUGCGCCGCUGCCCCCAGGACCCUCCCGUUGUCUUCCUGAUGCUCUUUCAAUAAAGGU